AUGAAGAGGAUAAGGUCAGCGGAUCAGGACUAUAAACCCCCGGGCCAGUGGACUAUGGAGGGCUUCCUGUACGUCCAGGAGAAACGUCCGCUGGGAUGCAAUUGGACACGACACUACUGCACGUACGAGAAGGGAAGCAAGACUUUCACCAUGAGCAACACGGAAAACAAGUCUGGAGGGAAACAGUCAGACGACCAGAACUACCGGGUUUGUGCCGUCCACGCUUUGGUCCAUAAACUGCCUGACAGGAACAGGGAAAUGCUGGAGUUGCUAAUAAAACACCUUGUGGUGGUUUCUGCCCAGAACCAGUCCAACCUGAUGACUGUGUCUAACCUGGGCGUGAUCUUCGGCCCGACUCUGAUGCGCUCUCAGGAGGAAACGGUGGCGGCCAUGAUGAACAUCAAGUUCCAGAACAUCGUGGUGGAAAUCCUCAUUGAGAACUUCAACAAGGUGAAACCCCCCCCAUUCAUGUAUAUAAGUAUCCAUCCAUCCAUCCAUUUUCGUAACCACUUACAGUGGGGGAAAUAA